AUGGCCCAGCUCCAGGAAAACAUCAAUGGCAUCCUUGCUGCGUUCUACAGGUCUGCCAGAAGCGAUGGCAACUGCAGCCCCCUGAGCAGGGAGGAGCUGAGGCAGCUCAUCGAGCAGGAGUUUGCAGACGCGAUGGAGAACCCCCAGGACCCCAAAACCAUCAAGAAGGUGUUGUGCUUCCUGGAUGAUGACAGCAACUGCAGGGUUGACUUCAGCGAGUUGCUCAGCCUAGUUUUCUGCGUGGCCAAGGCUUGUUACAAGCCGCUCCAGCAGCACCAGGUGCCAGAAGAUGGUCAAGAGCCGCCAGCGCAAGAGAAGGCAGGCGGGGAGCAGUCACCAGGGCCUUGCACAGCGGGGGGGGUCUCAAGAAACCAGCAGGUACCCAAGCAGGGUGUGAACAAUCAGGACCAGGACACAAAGACACAAGACCGGGACAACCGUCAAACCCAGGAAGGUGAGACACCAAAGCAGGACCGGGACAACCAUCAAACUCAGGAGGGUGAGACACCAAAACAGGACCGGGACAACCGUCAAACCCAGGAGGGUGAGACACCAAAGCAGGACCAGGACAACCGUCAAACCCAGGAGGGUGAGACACCAAAGCAGGACUGGGAGAACCGUCAAACCCAGGAGGGUGAGACACCAAAGCAGGACCAGGACAACCAUCAAACCCAGGAGGGUGAGACACCAAAGCAGGACUGGGACACCCAUCGGGAUGACAGUACUGAAGCACCGGAAGAGGAUCCAAAGAGAGGAGAGAUCCUGGACACGGCAACCACAGAGCAGGACAGAAAUACCUAUAAGGCUGAAGAGACUGAGACACCAAAACAGGAGCCAGAAACCCACCAGGCCAAAGAAACUGAGUCACCAGGACAGGGUUCAAACCACCAUCUGAGUCCAGAGAGAGAGUCAGCAGAGGAGGACCUGAAUUGUCCCUCUGAGACACGAGGAAGAGACCCAAACAACAAGACCCAGGUGUGCGAGGCCCCUCAGCAGGACCCCAGCCCCAGCAAGACCCAGAAGCUGCUGCCCCCACAGCGGGGUGCAAGCCCCCGUCGGGAUCCCAAGCCCUGGGGAACACACCAUGACCCAGCUUUCCAUCAGCUCCCUGAAUCCAAGGUGCUGGAGCAGGAGCACAGCGGGGCAGAAGCUCCGUCUCGUCCAGCACAACUGCAACAAGACGCUCAUCACCAAAGACAACCCACUAUAGAGCAACAGGUCCUGCAGUCUCUGUAUCAGUGGCCGCUACAGCAGUAA